AGAGGCAGUUUGGACGGAGGCGCAGGGGUUGCCUGUCUCCUGACAUUUUGUAAAAAAUAAAAAUAAAACAAUAAUCCGGAUAAUGCAGUCUGCCAAGAGGAGCGAGAGUGACUGGCAGGGGCUGGUCAGCGAGUUCCUGGUGUGUAAACGGAAGCUGGAGAGUAAGAAGGAGGCUCUCCUCAUUCUGUCCAAGGAGCUGGACACCUGUCAGCAGGAAAGAGACCAGUACAAGCUGAUGGCCAACCAGCUAAGGGAGCGCCACCAGGGACUCAAGAAGAAGUACAGGGAACUCAUUGAUGGUGACCCUUCUUUGCCACCAGAAAAACGCAAUCAAGUGAACUUGGCUCAGCUGUUGAGAGAUUCGAGGGAACGAGCGAAGCAGCUUGCUGAGGAGGUGAAGGAGCUGACUCAGAGGCUCACGGAGGCCCAGGGGGAUAACAAGCUCCUGAGGAUGACUAUCACUCGACAGAGGCUGGGGGAUGAGGAGGUGGGGGCACGCCAUUUCCCCGCCCAUGAACGUGAGGACUUAGUUCGACAGCUUGAGAGAGCGGGGCUACAGAUGGAGGAGAUGGAGCACAACAUGAAGGCUCUGACAGACGAGCUGCAGGACGUGAAAGCGGAGCGUAAUGUGUUCAGGGAGAAGGCCUACCGGCUCAACGUGGAGCUCAACCACAUCUUGGGCAACCGUGAGGCACGCAUUAUAGACGUGGAUGCGCUCUGCAUGGAGAACAGGUAUUUGCAUGAGCGAUUCAGCCAACUACAAGAGGAGGUGAACCUGCUAAAAUCCAACAUCAUGAAGUACAAGACAGCUCUUGAGAGGAGAAAAAACUCCAGCACAUAUGGGAAAUCAAACAGCAGUCCCCUCACUGGAGUCCUCUCAGCCAAACAAGUCCAGGAGAUGCUCCUUGAAGAGCAGGGCUGCAGCCUGCCAGCGACGCCUCAGUCCAUCUCUGACCUCAAGUCCCUGGCCACGGCUCUGCUGGAGACCAUCCAUGAGAAGAACCUGGUCAUCCAGCACCAGAGGCACACCAACCGGAUCCUUGGAAACAGAGUAGCAGAUUUGGAGAAGAAGCUGAAGACGUUGGAGGUUUCAGGACUGUGGAGUCUUCCAGGGACACGAGACAGUAUCUCACUGAAUGAAAAUCUGCAACCGGAGCUUCAUCCAACACGUGCCACACCUCAUCCAAACAUUCAGCCAUCCAAAGUUGUGUCAGACGACAGAAGUUCACAUGAAUCAUCGUGGGAAUGCCACACCGCUGGCAGCGACCUUGGCACAGAUGGUGUCAGCAGGGAAGACGCACCUGCACUUCUCAACUGCCUGGAGUCUCUAGUGGGGGUGGAGACAAAUGGGAUUGACAGGAGAGGGGGAGAAAUCGUGACAGAAGAUGGAGCCGCCUUAGAGCUGGAGGAGGGGCGGAGUCCAGUGGAGGAGGCGGGGCAUGAGGAAGAGGGAGUUGAGGAUGAAGAACUGGGUUCUACGGUGGAGGAAGGAGAAGAGGCAGCUCUGGCGCUGGGUGUCACACCCACUGAAUCGGACCUUUCAUGGCUGCCAAUUAAACAAGCCUCCGUCGAUCAUUCAGAAGUGGGUCAUCAGCCCUGUGAGUCCCAGGACGACGGGUCAAAUCAUGCACCUGAACAUGUAGAAGCCUCAAUAUCAAUUCCAGAGAAACAGUCCACAGACGUGUCGAAUACAGGGGUGUGGGACAUUGUGGAUCUGCGCAGUGACACUUGUCAUCGUGACAACUUGGCAUGAUCUGACAUCACUGAAAGACUAAAUCCUUGUCCUUGUUGUUAUUGAUAAUUGCAUUAAUCAUCCCUAGUUGCAUUCACACAGCGUGGCCGCCGCUCUCCCUCCCCUUUCCACCUAGCAGCUCUGCUUUAGUCAAUAAAACAGAGAGAAAACACUUUUUCAGCCACCCUUUACGGAGCCGGAGGUGCACUUUGUAUCUAGACAGGCGUGUUGCUGCGCAGGAACACACAAUCUUGAAAUCAAUGGAGUUGCAAACUUCAUGCCCUACGGAGAGAAUUUAGCUAGGAAAAUAACAAAUAUGGCAGCCUCAACUCCUGUGCCCCAUAUUCCCUUCUACCCUUCCCCUGUGAUGAGAUAAUCCCAAUUGUUUGCUUUCUUCUUAUUCCAAAGGGAUGCCAAUAAUUUGAGUGCUGCAUUUUGUUGUUACUCUCAUAGGGGGUCCAAAUUGGCUUACCAAAACAUGCACUGUAUAUAUGGGUAAAUUAAUAUUAUUAACAUUAGAGUUUCUAUUGAUGUCUGUUCAUCUGUAUGAGGGAAUCUUACUAAGCAGUGAGUUGUAAUUUUUCCUUAAUUAUACAAUAUAUUUAUUUAGAAAUUGAUAUUUGGAUGAGAUGAUAUGUGCCUUAUAUGUGGAAAUAUUUACUGAUAUUUAUUAAUAUAAAUGCAUAA